AACCGCGCUUUGAAUCUGAACCACUCGUUUUGCUUAAAAUGUUACUUUAACCGUCACUAAAAUGUAAAUAAUGUAAAAAAAAAUGUUAUCGUGGAUGUAUUCUACAUCGACAACAGUUAAGAGUACACUUUUUACCUGAUAUAUGUAGUCGAUUAACGCGAGGUUAGCGGUCGGCUAGCAGCUGUGUUGUUAUCCAGUCCAGAAGCGGAUUCCUCGGACAGAGGAAUCGGGGAUCAGAGGUUGACAUGAACCCACCGAAGCGGCUUCGCACCGCCGAAAAUGAAGCAAACCCACCGAGAGGAGGGCAGGAGGAGGAGGAGAGGAGCGCGGUGGAUGUGAGUAUAGUCAUGCCAAUGUACAAUGCAUCCUGUUGGCUGGAUGAAUGUCUGCAGGCCAUAUUACACCAAGACUUCACUGGGACCAUGGAGCUUUCUGUCUUUGAUGAUGCAAGCAUUGACGACUCCAGGAAGGUGGUGGAGGGUUGGAGGGAGAGGCUGGAAAGGGGCAUCUCAGUCGUGAUCUCUGGCCACAGUUCUGCCCAACCCAGAGGAGUGGGAUAUGCAAAGAAUAAGGCAAUAUCUCAGAGUUGUGGACUAAACUUGUGCUUUCAGGAUGCGGAUGAUAUCAUGUUGCCUGAAAGAGUUCGUCUGCAGUAUGAGGCGUCCCUCCUCCACCCAAACUCUCUGAUUGGCUGUAAAGUUCAGAGGGUUCCCGAGGGAUCUACCGAGCGCUACACUCGCUGGAUCAACACAAUCACUCAGGAUCAGCUCAUCACGCAGGUGUACACGUCUCAUGGGCCCACAGUUGUCAUGCCAACAUGGUUCUGCCCAAGGAGCUGGUACCUGAAGGUUGGACUGUUUGAUGAGGGAGGCAAGGGAGUCCCGGAGGACUUGAUCUUCUUCUACCAGAGUCUUCGUCAGGGAGGGGGCUUGGCCAGGGUCGACCAGUGCUUGCUGGUGUACCGUUACCACGAGAAGGCCACCACGCACUCUGUUACAGAGGAAACCAUUUGGAAGCUGCGAGUUGACUUCCUGCAGGAGAGAGUUCUCAGCCAAUGGGAGAGCUUCACAAUAUGGAACGCCGGGAAACAGGGCCGAAAGCUGUACCGAAGCCUGAGCCCAGCCAACCAGGAGAAGGUGAAGGCUUUCUGUGAUGUCGAUGAGAACAAGAUUCAGAAAGGCUUUUACACGUAUGAGGAAUCCAAGCGAAGACCUAAACCAAAAAUCCCAGUUCUGCACUACAAAGAUGCUUCUGCCCCCUUCAUUAUCUGUGUCAAACUGGACAUGACAGGAGGCGUUCUGGAGGAAAACCUCAACUCUUUGCAGCUGAAGGAAGGAACAGAUUACUACCAUUUCAACUGACUGCUCAGAGUGACAGAGAUGAAAGAAAGAGGCCAACAGGCUAAGAGGAGCUGAAAUUGAAGCUGUGUUCCCAUCAAUGCCAAUCGGGGCUGGAGGUGAUAAAAACCCAUGUCUACUGCAGAGUCACUUGACCUGGGUGUGAAUGCCAAUCGACUGCACUCUCAUUGCAUAAAAAGCCAGAUGUUAGCUGGUUUUUGUGCAGCGGGACUAAGGCUUAAAUCAGAAGACACUGGAUUUUGGUCACCCAACGUCUCAACCUAAAUUCAACUGAAUAUCAACACCUGAUGACACUGAACAUGGAAGGAAGACAUGGUAAUUGAAUUGGAACAAAGAGGCCCUUAUGCUUCCACAGAGGACAGCUCUUUAUAAUGACAGAGGACAUGACAUGCUGAUGUUGACCACUCGAUUAAUAAACUUUAGUGUUUUCUAAUCCUGUAUGGACUGAGAUUGGGAUUUACCAACCUGUACACUUGAACUUGUGUUUAAGUUAAAGGAAGCGAUCAGAGUCAGGGCAUCAUAACAGAGGGAUCAAUUUAUAAAGGGUGGGAUGUAUUAUGACCAGAAUCAUAGAUUUCUUCAUAGCCCUCUCUGAUGCAACCAUGCAAAAUCAGAUAUACACACGCAGCUGCUACAAAUGUACAAACAUGAAUACUGCACGUAUUUGUUUUUCUCUCCCUUGGUCUCUUAUGAAAUCUAAAGAACAAUAACCUCUUUAAGAGAGCUAGAGUUCUGAUACAUAAACACACACAAAAAGUUUAUUUUACCUCACACAGUUUGGAGUUUUUCUGCCCAAAGGUAAACAGACCUUUCCACACAAAAUCUCCCCCGGUGUUUCCUGGGUCGAGGAUGUGGUCUGCCUUACUGUAAAUCUGUCCACAGCAGUUUGUAAGGAGGCAACAGUGGCAGUAAAAGCAACUGGGGGAUGGGGGUCUUUAACGGUGCCAAAGUUUUAUUAUCACCACCUUUGUUUGUUAUCACUAAACAUACAGUUGCACAGUGGUGUGAAUGAACAGAAUCACUCUGCUGUAUUAGAGGUUAGGCUUCAAUUCAUUGUUUGAUAAUUUGAGCGUGAUUCAGUCCGGGUUUUGAGGUUAAAACCCCAGACCUCUGCCAUCCACAGUACAGUGCUGCGUAGGGGCUGAGAAAAAUAUCACAUAGUAUUAGCGCUCAGUCUCUACCUGAGCCCCUCAUCCCUUUGUGUUUCUGCACAUAAACACUUCAACAAGUCUUUGCAGUAGGGCUGCAACUAAUGAUUAUUUUCAUCAUGGAUUAAUCUGAUGAUAUGUUUCUUGAUUCAUUUUUAAUCUAUAAGAAAGGUGACAAUAGCACAAAGUGUCCUUUAUAUUUUUCUUACACCCAAUGGACACAUUCACAUAGCUUGUUUUCUCUUACCAACAGUAUAAAGCCCAAAGAUACUCAUUUUACUGUCACGUACGACAAAGAAAAGCUGCAAAUGGAUCUUGAAAUUUAAUAAUAAUUUGCUUUCUUGCUU